CAUUGAAGAGCAUGUCGUGGGCAAAGAUGGCGACGACCGUGCGGUUGUACGGCAGAGGGUUACCGAGCUGGGUUCGACCUAUUAGACGGUUUUCUGCGGCUGCAUCUAGGGCUGCUACUGUUGGUUUUCUAAAACAGCUUCCUGAGACCAUCAAGAUUGUGGAAGUUGGGCCUAGAGAUGGCUUGCAGAAUGAAAAGACUGUUGUGCCAACAGAUGUGAAAAUUCGUCUGAUAAACAUGUUGUCAGAAGCAGGUCUUCCUGUCAUUGAAACAACAAGCUUUGUAUCUCCCAAAUGGGUUCCUCAGAUGGCAGACCAGGACGAGGUAAUGCGUGGCAUUGAAAAAUACCCCAAUAUUAAAUAUCCGGUCCUUACACCCAAUCUUAAAGGAUUUCAGGCUGCGGUGAAUGCAGGGGCAAAGGAGGUGGCAAUUUUUGGAGCAGCCUCUGAGCUUUUUAGUAAGAAAAACAUUAAUUGCUCAGUGGAGGAGAGUUUGCAGCGUUUUGAGGAGGUGACCCAAGCUGCACAGGAGGCUGGGAUUCCUGUCAGAGGUUAUGUUUCAUGUGUGCUGGGCUGUCCUUAUGAAGGAAAUGUACGUCCUGAGAAAGUGGCUCAGGUGGCUAAGAAGCUAUACUCCAUGGGUUGCUAUGAAAUUUCUCUGGGAGACACGAUUGGUGUGGGUACACCAGGGAGCAUGCAGGAGAUGCUGAGAGUUGUGUCUAUGGAUGUUCCAGUUAAAGCCCUUGCUGUGCAUUGCCAUGACACUUAUGGACAAGCUCUUGCUAACAUUCUUACAGCAAUACAGAUGGGGAUCAGUGUAGUGGACUCCUCAGUUGCUGGACUGGGUGGUUGCCCCUAUGCACAAGGUGCUUCUGGGAAUGUAGCUACAGAAGACGUCAUCUAUAUGCUUCAUGGCCUAGGCAUUCAUACUGGUGUGGAUCUUCAUAAAUUGAUGGAUGCAGGAGCAUUUAUCUGUCGUGCCCUAAAUCGAAAGACUAAUUCCAAAGUGUCCCAGGCUUUUUGUAGGUUGUGACAAGAUGUGACUCAUUUUGAUUCCUCAAGUUUGUUUUUAAAGAAAGGCAUAAUAUUUACUCUGUUCUCAUAGAAGAUCUAGCAGAGAAGGGUGAUUUUUGUAAGUGCCUAACAAGUUCUUCAGUUGUGUUACACCCUGGUGAUUGAAAACUGUAAUAUGAAUGCAUUCUGUACACUUUGAGUCAUAUGUGGGAAUGAUAACAUUUUUCAAACGUCUUUCCUAUAAACACUGUACUAUAGAAUUAUUUGAAAGUAACUAAUAAUUGGGCAAAAGCUAUUCCGGUUAUUUUGCUUUUGCUUGUAAUACCUGAGUAGAUUACCUUUUGGUUAUUCAUUACCAGAUUUUAAGAAAAUAUGACAACAGUAUAUUAUGACCUAAGCCUUGAAUGAUUAUGAUUGACAUUAAAAAUUGUUACAUGGGUGGCAAACCUCACUUUGCUAAGGCAGGGAUGAAUUACUGAAUUUCUAUUCCACAGUCAGUAAUUGAUUAUAGUAUUGCAUUGUUGUUUGUUUAAAUUAAAUCAAAUGUGAAAAAGAAAUAAGAAGAAGUUAACAGUUGAUUGAACUAAUUCAAGACAUUAUAAAUCGACUUAGUAUGUUUUUAAAUCAUCAUGUAUGCAAAGCUUUCAAAUUCACCUUAAUUUACUCAAUUAUCAUUACAGUAAGGGGAACAAGUGGUUUCAUGCAGGGGUGCAACUAGAACGCUUCUACCAUCGAUUGCACAAAUCUCAAACUGAAAAAAAUAACACACUUACUAAAUAAGAUUAUGAAAACAGUCUUUCAAUUAACAUUCUUCUACUGUCAUAUGUUUAUUUGUUUAUUUGUUUCAUGAUCUAUAGAAUUUAAAUACUGUACUCAGAUCAAAAUAAAUGCUUACUAAAUUGUUGAUAAGCAUAUAGUUACAGUGGCUGAAUGUAGUUAGUCUUAUCUUCAUUCAUAACUUAAGUAUCUAUAAAAAUUAAACCUUGCUGAGAAUUUAUAAUUCAAAAAGUUAAUUUGUUUCAGUAAUUCAAUUCAAAAAAGUGAAACUCAUAUAUUCUAUAGAUUCAUUACAC